GUUCUGAAACGCGUAACAUUUCACUUGUAUAUUUUGUGAAUAACGAACGAUCGGAUAGUGGUCGGUCGGUAUAUUUAUUUGUUUGUCUGCUCGGUUCAAUCAGUUCGUCGCGCUCGAGCUUAGAGUGGUUUUUCCUGAAAAUCUAAACAGCAUUUUGGGAUAUUUUCAGUUUAUGCAACACUGCGUGGCUGCGUGUCCACCAGUGAUAAAGUUUCGAAAGUGCAUUGCCCAUAACAAAAAUAAGAAAAAACAAAAAAUCCACACACAUUCCCACUUAUAAUUUGAUAUUACCCAGACUAGAUCGGGACACAGACAGAGACAGAGAUUAGAGUCGCGGAUUUACAAGAGAUAAACCAAAAAAUAAUAAAAAAAAACCAGUAGAAAACGUAUAAUUUGGCAACAUAACAGAUAUUUUUCUCUGUUUCUGUUUACGCCGAAAUCCAAUUUGCAUCAUAUCUGUGGGCGUGAGAAAACAAAAAAUUUCACGCUAUGGAUGACCCCAAGUUAAUGAACAUUAUGAACGGAAUCAAAUCGUUUGAGGAUCAUUGUCAGCAUAUUAACAGCGGACAGGAUGAGUCGCCCAUGCAAAUGUUCUACAAGGAUAAGGGUGUUUUUCUCACUGGCGGCACAGGAUUCUUUGGUAAAAUUAUCAUUGAGAAAUUGUUGCGCGUCACAGAGGUGGGACAAAUCUAUUUGCUAAUACGCACCAAGAAGGGCAAGGAUGCGUUUGCUCGAAUCGAGGAUCUGUUCAAUGAUCCGGUAUUUGAUAAAAUGAAACAAUUGAAUCCGAAAUACCGCUGCCAAAUCACAAUCAUAAGUGGCGAUUGCUCAUUGCCUGGAUUGGGCAUAACCCCAGACGAACGUGAGACCAUCAAGGAGAAUGUGAACAUUGUUCUACACAGUGCGGCCACAGUGAGAUUUGAUGAGAAAUUGAAGAUGGCCAUUGCCAUCAAUGUCCAUGGCACUAAGGAGAUUAUUAAGCUGGCCAAAGAGAUUGCCAACUUAAAGGCUCUGGUACAUGUGUCCACAGCUUUUGCCCAUUGCAACAAGCGAUACAUUCAGGAGAAAUUCUACACUGGCACAAUUACAGGUGAAAAUGCCUUUAAGCUCAGCGAAUGCCUCGAUGAGCACACCUUAAAUACUCUGACGCCUACAAUAAUUAAUGGUUAUCCGAAUACAUAUACAUUCACCAAAGUACUGGCCGAGAAUAUUGUGCAACAGGAUGCACAGAAUUUACCAGUGACCAUCUUUCGUCCAGGCAUAGUUAUAACAACAUAUCGUGAGCCCAUCAGUGGCUGGAUUGAUAAUAUGUAUGGUCCUUGUGGUGUUAUUGUGGGCAUCGGCUCUGGUGUCCUGCGUGUUUUUACCGGCGACAUGGACAACAAGGCUCACAUUGUUCCCGUCGAUAUGUGUGUGAAUGCUCUAUUGGCCAGUGCCUGGGAUAUAGCGCGAAAUAAAUAUGAGACACCACCCAUAUAUAAUUAUGUACCAGAUGCUGAUAAUAUGGUGAGCUGGCGUCGCUAUAUGGAAGAGGGUUUUGAAUACGGUUGCGUUAUACCAAUGCGAAAAUCCAUCUGGUAUCCACGAUUCACAAUUGUGCCGCACAUGUGGCAAUAUCAUAUUUUGUGCUUCUUGUAUCAUACAUUGCCUGCCCUGUUUAUGGAUGCCAUUAUGAUUGUAAUUGGCAAGAAACCGAGAAUGAUGAAGAUCUAUAGAAAAAUACAUAAAUUGAGCAAUGUCCUUAAGUACUUCAGUUCGAAUGAGUUUCGCUUUGACAACGACAAUGUGCGCAGUCUAUCCGAGAAGCUAGAUGAUAGGGAUAAACGUUUAUUUGCCUUUGAUAUGCGUAAUUUGGAUUGGAAUAAUCUAUUCCGUGUCAGUUUAUAUGGUUUGCGUUUGUAUGUUGUUAAGGAUGAUCCCAGCAAUAUACCCGAAUCGAUAAAACGCUAUGAAAGAUUGAAGGUGCUGCAUUAUACCACAUUAGCCAUUGUCUAUUCUUUAGCACUCUGGGCUCUCUAUGCUCUGUUGAAGUUUAUAUUCUGAUAAAUACUUAUCAAUAUGUAUAUCUAUCUGUCUAUGUCUGUCUAAACUAUAUUUCAUACUUACACCAGGGCACAUUUUUCUUUAUAACACUUUCAGAAAUAUUUCUCCAUAGGUUUAGCCAUAAAUGUACAAUAUAUAUAGAAUUAAAUAUAUAUAUGCCCUUUAG